CUCUCUCUCUCUGUGUUCCCAGGACAGGGUUGGCUUUCUAGGUUUGAUAAAGCAUUUCCUUCCAUUGUCAUUCUAUACAGCCUCUGGGCCCUUCUCAGUCCCUCCCCUUUCGCCUUCCCCUCUCUCUCUCUCUCUCUCUCUCUCUCUCUCUCUCUCUCUCUCUCUCUUCCUGAACUUUAGUGAAUCUUGAGAUAUAAAGAAAGCAGCUGCCUCCCUUAAGCACAUCUUGAACAAUGAGACCUCACCUCCAAGGGCUUUAACUCCUCUGGAUGCAAGGACAAAGCCAGGACUGGCUCCACACUACUGGACUCCUGGGGAAACCUGACCCUUGGGAUGCUUUGAGUGAUUGGAUUGGAGCAUGGAAACCAGCACCACAGUGGCUGCUGUGAGCUCCUGCACCUCCCCACGGGUGCCCCAGACCGUCCCCAUGGACCUGAGGAUCGGGCAGCGCCUCGUCAAGCCCGGCUCAGACACUGCCCUGCUGGCCCUGAAGCACACACAGCAGCUGCAGCACCAGCUCUUCCUUGCCAGCCUGCACCAGCAGCAAGUGGAGCAGCUCACCCAGCAGCACGUGAGGGUCACCAUGGAAUCCCCUCACUGUGAGGCUGAGCCUGGGCCACAGGAGCAGGAGCUGAGGCAGAUCCUCAACAAGGACAAGAGCAAACGAAGUGCUGUGGCCAGCACAGUGGUGAAGCAGAAGCUGGCUGAGGUCAUCCUGAAGAAGCAACAGGCAGCUUUGGAGAGGACCAGCAACCCCAACCCCUCAGCCAUGCCAUACAGGUCUCCAGAGCCUUUGGAUGCUGAGGGUCCUUCCCCUCCUGUGCUCAGCACCUUCCUCCCCCCUGUCCCCAGCACCUCUCUCGACCCCCCAGAGCAUUUCCCACUGCGGAAGACAGCUUCUGAGCCCAACCUGAAGGUUCGGUGCAAGCCCAGGAAGGGGCUGGAGCGGCGCAAGAACCCGCUGACACGGAAGGAGAGCGCUCCCCCCUCGCUCAAGAGACGCCCAGCUGAGGCCAUGGACUCCUCUCCCAGCAGCAGCAGCACCCCAGUGUCAGGCUGCAGCUCCCCCAACGACAGCCUCCCAGCCGAGCACGGAGCGCUCCCUGCUGCCUCUGCUGUGGCCCACGAGCCACCCCUGGCCCAGCGCCUGAUGAUGCAGGAGAGCUCCCUGGCUCAGUUUGCCUUGCAGAGUGCAGCCUCCCUUCCAGCCAUCACCCUGGGACUACCAGCCACCACUGGCUCCAGGGGAGAGGGAGAUCGCCGGCCCAUCCCCAGCCUGGCACAGCGGGUGCCUGUGCUCAACGGGCCAGUCCUGCCUGGCACCCACUCACCCAUGUUCAUGCCAAGUCCCCUGGAGCAGCAGGAGGCUGGGAACCCCUUGUCCCCUCGGCUGCAGCCUGUCAUCAUCCUCGAGCGCUCGCUCAGCCACGCUCCGCUGCUGGCAGUGCCAGGUUUGGGAACAGUCCCCUUCUCCUUCACCCCGUCGCUCAUCUCUGCCGAGCGCCUGCCGCUGCCGGCUCACCACAAACCCCUGGGCAGGACCCGCUCUGAGCCCCUGCCCCAGAACCCCAAAAGCAUCCAGCAGCAGCUGCUGUAUCAGCAGCAUCACACCCAGUUCCUGGAGAGGCUCAAGCAGCAGACACACCUGGGCAAGCGUAUGGCCAAGUCCAGCGAGAAGCCCAGGCUGAGGCAGAUCCCAUCCUCUGAGGACAUGGAGGCUGAGGGGACCCUGCCAGAGGCUGCAGCUGAGGCCACAGACCCCACAAGGGCACAUGUGGAGCCCCCACAGCCAAGCAGCAGUGGGAAGGAGCCUGAGAGGACACAGAAGGUGCUGCAGCCUCAAGAGGAGCUUGUCCUGCACCAGGCCUAUCUGUGGGAUUCCUACCAGCGUGUGCAGCAGCAGCUCCUCAAACGCCAGCCCUUGGCCGAGCCCUCCGUGCUCUCUGCCAUCCAUGGUGGGCACAGACCCCUCUCCAGGGCACAGUCAUCUCCUGCCACUGCCACCAUCUCCCAUCCUGCUCAGGAUACAGCCUCUAAGACACUCUCCCUGCCUGUGCAAGAGCAGCCAGCCAAGACACACUUCACCACAGGGCUGGUUUAUGACUCAGUGAUGCUCAAACACCAAUGCUCCUGUGGGGACAACAGCAACCACCCCGAGCACGCCGGCAGGAUCCAGAGCAUCUGGUCCAGGCUGCAGGAGAGGGGCCUCCGCAGCCGCUGCGAGUGCCUGCGGGGUCGCAAGGCCACGCUGGAGGAGCUGCAGUGUGUGCACAGCGAGCGCCACGUCUUCCUCUACGGCACCAACCCCCUCAGCCGCCUCAAGCUGGACAAUGGCAAGCUGGCAGGGAUCCUGUCCCAGAGGAUGUUUGUCAUGUUGCCCUGUGGAGGGGUGGGGGUGGACAGUGACACCAUCUGGAACGAGCUGCACUCGUCCAACGCCGCGCGCUGGGCCGCCGGCAGCGUCACCGACCUGGCCUUCAGAGUGGCUGCCAGGGAGCUGAGGAACGGCUUCGCCGUGGUGCGGCCGCCCGGGCAUCACGCUGAUCCUUCCACUGCCAUGGGCUUCUGCUUCUUCAACUCGGUGGCCAUCGCUGCAAGGCAGCUGCAGCAGAAAGGGAAGCUCAGCAAGAUCCUCAUUGUGGACUGGGAUGUUCACCAUGGCAAUGGGACACAGCAGAUCUUCUACAGAGACCCUGAUGUUCUCUACAUCUCUCUCCACCGGCACGACGAUGGCAACUUCUUCCCUGGCAGCGGGGCUGCUGACGAGGUCGGUGCCGGCCCCGGCGAAGGAUUCAACGUCAACGUCGCCUGGACUGGAGGCCUCGACCCCCCCAUGGGAGACCCUGAGUAUUUGGCUGCUUUCAGGACCGUGGUGAUGCCCAUCGCACACGAGUUCUCCCCCGACGUGGUGCUGGUGUCGGCCGGCUUCGAUGCAGCUGAUGGCCACCCACCCCCCUUGGGGGGCUACAAAGUCUCUGCUAAGUGUUUUGGCUACAUGACCAAGCAGCUGAUGAGCCUGGCUGGUGGAGCCAUCAUCCUGGCACUGGAAGGUGGCCACGACCUCACGGCCAUCUGCGACGCAUCCGAGGCCUGUGUGGCAGCCUUGCUGGGCAACGAGCUGGAGCCUCUGCCAGAGGAAAGCAUGAAGCAGAAACCAAACCCCAACGCUGUGCGCUCGCUGGAAACCGUCAUCCAGGUGCAGAGUAAAUACUGGGUGGCCCUGCAGCGUUUUGCCUCCAAGCUGAGCUGCUCCUUCCUGGAGGCUCAGCACCACGAGGCUGAAGAGGUGGAGACAGUCACAGCCUUGGCUUCCCUCUCGGUGGCUGUGAUGGUGGAGAAGAGGCCCCAGGAGGAGCUGAUGGAGGAAGAGGAGCCCAUGAACCAGUGAUGAGCAGCCACCUCCUCUGCUCCCACCACGUCCUUGGACUCUCCUGAGCCUUUCUUCACCUCCUUGGCUUCCCAUUUGCCAUGUCAUCCUUCCUCCACUGAGGCAAGGGCCUGACACAGCCUGGACCUUCACCUGCCACCCCUGCAGGUCUCCCCAAAAAGGCUGGGAGGCCUCUGCUCAGGACUGAUGGAAAACCACAAGCUCCCUCUGAGCCCUGGCAGCUCUCUGGGGCUGAGCCUGUGGCCUCCCCACCUCCAGCUGCACAGAUCCCUCCUCCUGGGCUCUUCCUCAGCCAUGGGGAAGGGUGUUGGGGUGGCUGUGGUGGGUCAGAGCCACCCCUGGGGGCUGCACCCAGAGCUUCCCCCCCUUUUGCUCUGAGGGUUUUGCUGGGCCAAGGGGACAGACUCUGGUGUCUUCUCCCAAAGGGCUCUUCUUGCUCUGGUAGGGCACAAGGUGUAGGAACCAGUGUGCCCAGAGCCAGGCUGGGGGCUCAUGCUGGGGCACUGGGAGGGUCUGUGGUGCCCAGGAUGGUGCCUGGGGGAGGGGGCUCAUCCCAACCACUAAGCAGAGUGUGAAGCCUCUGGGGCUGGGGGCUCUGAUUUUGCACUAUAUACAAUUGGAUGUGUGCUGAUGUCAA